GACGCGUCCAGUAGCUGCUUCUCCAACCGCCAGUAAACACUGGAGAAGAAAAAGCUGAUGCUCGUCUGAACUGCUUUAGCCCCUCGAUUUAUAAAAAUAAAAGCACAUUAUUGUGUCUGACUCUGAGGAUUUAAAACCCUGAGCUGUGUGAGGACAUGAAAGCCGAGAUAUCCAGGGAUGGAGGGACGUCAGAAGUCCGUGUGAAGAAAGAGGAGACACUGGAGCUGAAAAUCUACAACCAUGGAAAUGACCUCGACAAUCCACCUGAAGGUCUCUCUGUUAAAGUGGAAGAUCCUGACAAUAAAGACCAUCUCUACUGCGAAGUUUGCAAAUCCUUCUUCCUCAACAAAUGUGAGAUUCAUGGACCGCCCCUCUUCAUCCCAGAUACUCUUAUUCCCAUGGGAGUCCCUGACCGAGCCAGACAAACUCUUCCUCCUGGGUUAGAAAUCCGGAAGUCCAGUAUCCCUGAUGCAGGCCUGGGAGUGUUUAAUAAGGGGGGUACUGUUCCAGUAGGUGCACAUUUCGGACCCUACCAGGGAGAGUUGGUAAACAGAGAGGAAACCAGGAACAGUGGAGACUCCUUGGUUGUAUACAGGAGCAUGCAGUGUGAACAAUACAUUGAUGCCAAAAGAGAGAUGCAUGUGAAUUGGAUGAGGUAUGUGAAUUGUGCCCGUAAUGAAGAAGAACAGAAUCUUGUGGCAUUUCGGUAUCGAGGGGGAAUUCUGUAUCGUUGCUGUCGACCCAUUAACCCAGGACAUGAGCUCUUGGUGUGGUAUGAAGAGGAGUACACCAAAGAACUCAGUCCUGCACCUACAGGAACAACCAGACAGCAAGAUGUAAAGAACACUGAAGUAAAGAACGCACUGCUGCAAGUCUUUUCCUGCUCCACAUGUCCUCGUUCCUAUACAUCUCAAAUUUACCUCGACAAACACAUCCAGAGAUGCCACUAUAAAGAGUAUGUGGGACUACGGGAAUCAGGAGAGAUUAAAUAUGAGCUUCAGAUCCCCUCCAGAUGUCAGCCAACAUCAACUAAUACUCUCAGUUCUGACACUUCUCAUGAUGCUAUACAGAAGGAAAUUCACUACUGCUCAGACUGUGGAAAGAGUUUUGGUCAUCAGAAUGCAUUCAAGACGCACCAGCGCAUUCACACAGGAGGAAAGCCGCAUCAAUGCUCACAAUGUGGUAAGAGUUUUACUGGACAGAGUGAUCUCCAACGACACCAGCGCAUUCACACAGGUGAGAAGCCGUAUCACUGCUCACAGUGUGGGAAGAGUUUUACUGGACAGAGUGAUCUCCAACGACACCAGCGCAUUCACACAGGAGAGAAGCCGUAUCACUGCUCACAGUGUGGGAAGAGUUUUACUGUACAGAGUGCUCUCCAACAACACCAGCGCAUUCACACAGGAGAGAAGCCGUAUCACUGCUCACAGUGUGGGAAGAGUUUUACUCGGCAAGGUGAUCUCCAACAACACCAGCGCAUUCACACAGGAGAGAAGCCGUAUCACUGCUCACAGUGUGGGAAGAGUUUUACUCAGCAGAGUGCUCUCCAACAACACCAGCGCAUUCACACAGGAGAGAAGCCGUAUCACUGCUCACAGUGUGGGAAGAGUUUUACUCGUCAGUGUCAUCUCCAACGACACCAGCGCAUUCACACAGGAGCGAAACCGUAUCACUGCUCACAGUGUGGGAAGAGUUUUACUCAACAUAGUGAUCUUCAACGACACCAGCGCGUUCACACAGGAGAGAAGCCGUCUCACUGUACACAGUGUGAAAAGAGUUUUACUCAGCAUAGUGAUCUUCAACAACACCAGCGAGUUCACACAGGAGAGAAGCCGCAUCACUGUACACAGUGUGGGAAGAGUUAUACUUAUCGAAGUGCUCUCCAAAUACACCAGCGUGUUCACACAGGAGAGAAGCCGUUUAACUGCUCACAGUGUGGGAAGAGUUUUAGUGAACAGAGUGCUCUCCGACGACACCAGCGCAUUCACACAGGAGAGAAGCCGCAUCACUGCUCACAGUGUGGCAAGAGUUUUACUCGGCAGAGUUAUCUCGGACAACACCAGCGCAUUCACACAGGAGAGAAGCCGUAUCACUGCUCACAGUGUGGGAAGAGUUUUACUGAACGGAGUGCUCUCCGACGACACCAGUACAGUCACACAGGAGAGAAGCCGUAUCACUGCUCACAGUGUGGAAAGAGUUUUACUCGGCAGAGUUAUCUCGGACAACACCAGCGCAUUCACACAGGAGAGAAGCCGUAUCACUGCUCACAGUGUGGGAAGAGUUUUACUGAACGGAGUGCUCUCCGACGACACCAGUACAGUCACACAGGAGAGAAGCCGUAUCACUGCUCACAGUGUGGAAAGAGUUUUACUCGUCAGAGUACUCUCCAACAACACCAGCGCAUUCACACAGGAGAGACGCUGCAUCACUGAUCACAGUGUGGAAAGAUGUUCACUUAUUCAGUUACAUUUAAGUACACUAACUCAGAGACAUUGCAUGAUUUAAAGUAGUCACGUUAAAUAUGGUUGUUAUUGUGAUUUGUUUCGGCUGGAAAUUACCUGUAAUUUGAAAUUUAUUGUUCAUGUUACAUGACUGUUUUAAAAUAUGUA